UAUAAUCCCCUCAGUGGGUGGGUGGAGCCCUCCAGGAAGUGACGUCACGAUUCACCUGCCGCGCGGUGGGCAGAGCUGGGCGAGAGAGAGAGCGAAGUGUUGACGGCUCGGUAUUCGUAUCUAACGUGUCGGGGGAAGCGCUACAGGGCAAGAGGCGUCGGGUGAGGCGGUAGCGCGAGGAGAUGUGGGCGUGGCUUUAGGAUACACCCGGAGUUUAACACUUGCUGACACCGUCCUGCGGCUCCGCUAUGGAUUCCCUCGCUCUCCUCUGGCUCCUGUUAUUCACCCCCGCUUCUACAAGAGCCCUGCGGGUGGAGAUAAAUGAGCCGAAAUUGUUUAUAAUCCCUCAAGGUGAAAAAGUGGUUUUGGAAUGUAAAUUUUCGCUAGAUGCUGCGGACACAGGGACGUUGGAUAUUGAGUGGUCAUUGGUGGCAUCCGAUAGUCAACAAACUGAUCAGCAGAUAAUUACUUUUGCUGGAGACAAAACAUAUACAAUGUACGACGAGCUGAAAGACAGAGUACAAUUUGUCUCCCUUGAUCCUAAAAGCGGAGAUGCCACCAUAGAAAUCAUUAACCUAAAGCAGUCGGACAGUGGACAGUACCAAUGCAAAGUAAAAAAAGUGCCAGGUUUGGGCAGCAGGAGGAUCUCACUGUCCGUUUUGGUUAAACCAGCAAAAACAAGGUGCUUUGUUGAAGGCCCGCAGGAAAUUGGGCGAGAUAUCAGCUUGAAAUGUGAAUCGAACGAGGGGACCCCACCCCUUACAUACACGUGGCAGAAGCUCAGCGGGCAAGGCAAGAACACUCCAGCCAUACCACCAGAUGCAACAACUGGAGUUCUGCCAAUAAAAAAUGCCUCUCAGGAAUACAGUGGCACCUACAGGUGCUUGUCUCACAACAGAGUCGGAAGUGAUGAGUGUCUCCUUGUACUUAAUGUUGCUCCCCCUUCAAAUGUGGCUGGAAAAAUUGCCGGUGCUGUAAUAGGAACAUUACUUGGCCUUAUACUUCUGGCCCUCAUCAUAUUUUGCUGCUGCAGAAAGCAAAAAGAGAAGAAAUAUGAAAAAGAAGAACAGCAUGAGAUCAGAGAGGAUGUUGCCCCCCCCAAAAGCCGAAAUUCCACCGCUCGAAGUUAUAUUGGGAGUAACCAGUCGUCUCUUGGCUCUCUGUCUCCCUCAAACAUGGAGGCCUACUCCAAAGCUCAGUACAAUAAAAUACCUAGUGAAGAGUUUGAUCGCCCCCCAAGCCAAGCACCAAACUCCGUUCCUUCCAAGGACUCUCCAAACCUUUCUCUGAAGUCUGGAACCCCUGAUUUAACAAGACAUGAGACAGAAGACCUUUCCUCCCCAAAGACUGCCCUCCUGCUGUUUAAUGUGGUGGAGAGUUACAACAGGGAUGUCAAAACGUUGGCCUUCCAACUCCUAGUGUGCAGGUUCUCCUUAUCCCAAGACUUUCACAGGAAUGUAAACAUACCACCAAGGCCGUGCCUACUUUUUUCUAUCCAAGGUGCUUUAACGUGAAGGCACAGUCUUCAGGAACAUCUUCUGCUCAUCCUUACUCCACAGUUACCAGCUUUCUUGGCUGCCCAGCCUCAUAUCCAGGUCAGAGUAAGUGGAAUUCACAUUCUUGUGGUUACAAUAAUGGAAAAGUGGUUUCCUGGCACAAACCCAAAGGUGUUGCCCAAAUAUGAUGGUGGACUCUCGUCAAGUUUCUCCAUUCUUUGAGCUUGGCAUAACCAAAAAUGAACUGGACAAGAAAUGCCACCAUUGUAAUAUUGUUCUGAAAGCAUGUUAUUUUGUAAAACCUGUUUAUAAUAUUUAUAAUUGGGGUACACCAAUAUAUAUGGUGGUACAGAUGUGUACUGCUUGUAAAACAUGUGUUCUUUCUGUUUAAUGCCUGGAAUGAGUUGUCUGAAUUGCAUGCACUUUGCAUUGGGAAUUAAAGGACCAGUAACAUCAACAAAAAUUUGUCCGUAUAGAACAGAAAAAAAACCACAAGGACAAAUAAAACUUUUAAAUCACUAAGGGGGAAUGUAAUUUUUUUUUUUUUUUUUGUUCUAUACUAAUGUUUUUUUUUUAUUUAUUUUUUUUUAAAGUUUGUUACUGAUCCUUUAAUUAUUUGGAUAGGUCUUAGUGCUUGGUGCACCUCAACCGCAGCACCCAACACGAACACCUGUCGAAAAUGAAUUAUUUUGGCGCAUCUCUUUUGCAUAAAUGUGUCCAUUUGUUAACAUGUUUCUGACCAUCAGGAAAACAGGAAAAAGAUAUAUAAAAUCUAGAGACCCUUCUGAAUCUGCCAGUUUGAUCCUGAAUAAAUCUUUUCCCAUGGACAUGCCUCUGCUGACUUUCCAAAGCAAAUCUGUAAAUAAACAAUGAUAUAUCUUAUAAUAACUGUAAUUAUUUGCAUAGCAAUUUCACCAACAAAUCCAUAUCUGUCUCUUAAUGUACAGGCUCCCGUUACCUAUCAGCACAAGCCUUUAAUUUACCCUCGUAGCUCAAAAUGUCUUGUUUGUUUAUAGGGUUCUCUCCAGUUCCCCAGAUGAGUAACGGAAGUGUCUAUUUAUUAUCAUACAUGUACACUAAGGGCUUUCAGACUUUUUUGUGAAAUCUGUACUUUUUAAAAUAAAUAUAAUUGGAGAAA